GAAAAGAAAAUAUUCGAGUUUGUAGAAAGUCACGUAUCGAAAGUGCAAUUGCAAUAUUUUUAUUCUGACCUUAAAAUAUAGAAGAAAUAGUUAAAAAUUAAAUUAUAAAUAAUUACAAUUAUGACUGCAUCAGCUUUCUCAACUUCAGAAAGUGUUUCAUUAGAACGUCAAGCUGAAACAGACAACGAUUUAGACACUUCUUUCGAACAGAUUUGGUCCGAUAAACAUCUAAAAGUUUGCUGUGGCUGGAUAAAACAAAAUAAUUAUAGAAAUGUUUGUCUACAAUUCCCCGAUAACUAUCUCCCCUUUAGUGUAAGAAUCUCGGAUAGCUUGAAGUCUGAAUGCAAAACAAAUGUCUUUGUUCUUGCCGACACGUCCUAUGGCAGUUGUUGUGUUGACGAGAUAGCUGCAGCUCAUGUAGAAGCCGACAGUCUGAUUCACUUCGGAAAUGCGUGUCGUAGCAAAGUUUCACGGCUGCCAGUGCUCUACAUGUUCCCAGAGCUUCCUUUCGCAAUUGAACACUUUGAAAAACAUAUCAUAUCACUUAAAGGACAAUCCAAACCAAUAUCAAUCUAUCUGGACAUAGGCUAUCACUACCUUUUGGAGCCGGUAGCGGAUAAUGUUUUUGCAAGCAUCAAUACCCUGCUAGCAGGAACAAAAAUCUCCAUUAAAACUUACCCCUUCGAUGAAGAAUCCAAUGAAGAACACGAAACAUCUGAUGACAGAAUUUGUAUUUUUAUCGGAGCCGAUAACAAUCGUUUCUUCAAUCUUUCACUUACGUCCAAAGCCGCACAAUGGUUCAUUUACAAUCCGAAAUCAAAUUCUUUUGAGGAGAAGAAUCCUCUCACUGCCGCCUACAUUCGCCGACGAUAUUUUUACAUUGAAAAAUGCAAGGAUGCUCAAAUGCUCGGACUGAUUGUAGCCACACUCACAUCAGACGGCUACUUGAAUGUUGUCACUCGUCUGCAAGAGAUGGCCCGGAGCCAUGGCAUUAAAACACAAAUUAUUUCAGUUGGCCGCAUAAACCCAGCAAAGUUAGCAAACUUUCUCGAAAUCGAUUGUUUCGUUAUGAUCGGAUGCCCCUUCAAUAAUAUGUACACUUCAAAGGAAUUCUACAAACCCAUUGUUUCAGUAUUCGAAGCUGAAAUGGCUCUAAAUCCAGCUUGGCAUAUGAAAUAUCCAGAGUCGUAUGUGACUGAUUUUAAGGAAAUUCUUCCCGAAGGAAGCAAUUAUUUAGAAUUUAAGGCAGGUGAUGUAACUGAAAAUGACGUCAGUUUGGUAAGUGGGAGAAUGCGCAGUUCAGCAAUCGGUGAUGCCGAAGAGGGUUCGGAGAGUUCGACAACGGUAGCACAGGUGGCAAAAAUGCAUCUCAUGGAGACUUCUAAUGGACUGACUUUUGAAGAUCGAACAUGGAAGGGAUUGGAUCCGGAACUUGGUUGUACUGAACCGGCGAAAAUUCAAAAAGGUUUAAGUGGGAUUCCUACGAACUAUACCCAUGACUAGGACUUUUUAUAUUAAUUUUUUUUGACAAUUUUUAUACAUUAAACGCUUUUGCAAUAAAUUCCUCGCUUUAAAUGCAGAAAAAAG